AUGAUGACGAACAUAGAAUUCGAUGAAGAUUCUAUUUCCGACUUUGGAUCUUCAAUAAUUUCAAAUACAAGUGGGAAUAAUAAUACUAAUUGUUCUGGUAAUAGAAAGCGGCCUCGAAAAUUACAAGAUUCACUAAAAAAUCUACAAGCAAGUCGUGGAUCAAAAUUCAAUAAAAAAACUGAAAAAUAUAAUUCAGUAUCAUCUUAUGAAAGUCAUACAUCCUUUUCAUCUACUAGUACUAAUACAUCAAAAACAUAUUCAUCAACAUUAACUAGUAAACAAAUUGAAAAUUUUCGUCAACGUAUCGAAAAUGAAUAUAAUGAAUUACAGAGAAGUGAAACAAGUUAUUUUUAUUAUAUAAAUGAUCAGUCUGCCAUGUUACGUGCACGUAAAGCACUUGAACAAGCUACUAAUGGAUGCGGUUACGGAUCUGAAGUAAAUCGUCAAUAUACUGGUAUCGAUGUACUUAUUCAACAUAAAAAAGAAAAUCAUUUUUAUGAACUACAAUACCCAUUUCGAAUUUGUCUGUAUCGUCCAAUUGACCCAAAAAUCGCUACGUGUAUUUCACUACCUGAUGAAGUUCGUGCGAUGGCUAGUCAAAAUACUAUUCUUCACGAAUUAGCUACUCAAGGUUUAUUACCAUAUUUGAAGGAACUUAUUAAAAUAUCAAAAAAUGAUUUUGAUCCUCUUCGAGAAAAAGCAUUGUUUAUAGUAAAUAAAAUAAAUGGAAAAAAUAAACAAGGUCGAACACCAUUAAUAUUAGCUAUUCUUGCCAAAAAAUAUGAUUUUGUUGAACAUCUUCUUGAUAAUAAAGCUAAUAUUAAUAUAACGGAUACAGAAGGUUGUUCACCAUUACAUUAUGCAUGUCGACAAGGUAAUCCUAUAAUAGUGAAAAAAUUAAUUGAUCGACAUGCUGAUCCACAUUAUGUUAAUUCAAGAAAAACUACAGAUGGUAGUAAUCAAUCGAAUCUAUCAGUAUUUCAUUAUCUGGCAAUGUCGAAGGGAACAACGCAAAAAAAUCUCAAACGAUGUGCAAGAUAUCUUUUAGAAUGUGGAUGUCCUUUAAUGCCUUUAACACACGAAGGAAAAACACCAUUUGAUAUUGCUGAAAUGUAUAAUAAUGGUGUAUACGAAUGUGUGAAGAUAUUUUGCAAAAGAUAUCAAUUCAAUCAAUUACAUCCUAUUGAAGUCUCAUCUCGUAAUGAUGCUAAAACUAUUUUACGUGAUUUAGCUUGUCCUAAUACAUUUGGAAAAAUGCGAUUACGUUUUAAACAAUGCGAUAAUAGAAAUUGUUUUAAACGUGAAGGUCUUUUCUUAUUAUAUCAAACAAAAAGAACUCGAACCGAACCUAAUGGAGAACUUGGCUUAUGUGUUCAUCAUAAUGGACAAAUAUUUGCUUAUCCAAUCUCACAAAAACAUAGCUAUACUAUGAUAUAUCCAUCAAAUCCACCAGGAAAGAUUCUUUAUAAGUUUUCAUUAAUAACUGACACGCCACAAGAUGACCAAACACAAGUGGUACUGUUUAAAUCACCUGAUGAAUUAAUUUAUAAUCAUACUAAAUACAAAGGUAUAUUACCAACUUUAUUGGAAAGUUUUCUUCGAAAGGAAAAUGAUGAAAUAAUAACAAUCGAUGCUAAAAAUCUAAUCUUACUUAGUAAUCAACCGGAACCUAUAACUGAUGCUGAAGAAUCUGACACAGAAUAUGAAGAAACCACUACCGUCGAAAACAUUAAUUCAAUUGAUCGUAUCGAUUUAGUUCAAAUACAAUCAGCAAAAAUUCUUGAAGAAAAUGAAAAACGACUUAUAUGGUUAGCAAAAGUUCGAUUAAAUCAUACAACAUAUUUUUCUAUUGUCAUCAAAGAUUAUCUACCUAAGAAAAAUAUUGAUUUAUACAAAGAAUAUCGAUUAAAAGAAUUAAAUAGUCAUUCAAGAAAUGAAAUUACUAUUUCUAAUGAUGAGUCUUCCUUUGAAUAUAGAUCUCGUACUCAUCUUGAAUAUGACUAUGAAUCAAAAAUUUUACUUAAACACCUCAGAAAUCAUCCUUUAAUUAUUCAUACAUUUCUUUUUGGUCAUAAUUCAAAAAGUAGUUUAUGUUUAUUUAUGGAAUAUUUACCAAUGGGAAAUUUAAAUUCAUAUUUAAGAAAAUUAGAUCCAGACUCAUUAGAUCCAUUAAUAGAUGCAUUUCAUUGGAUCUAUCAAUUAUCACAAGCUAUGGCAUUUUUAUCAAACAAUAAAAUAGUUCAUCGUGAUUUAGCAACAAGAAAUAUUCUACUUCAAAAUGAAAAAUAUAUUAAAUUAAGUGAUUUUGGUUUAUCACGUCGUGAAGGUGUAACACUUGAAGUAAAUGAUCGUAUUGUACCAGCACGUUGGUCUGCACCGGAAUGUUUUGAUCGAACACAAAUAGUUUCAUUAUCAUCCGAUGUUUGGUCAUUUGGUAUUGUAAUUUGGGAAAUCUAUUCAUUUGGCGCUAUACCAUAUGAAAUCGAUAUCAAUACUAAUGCUCCACAAGGAGUUCGUUUAUUGAAGCGAUUUUUAAUUGAACAAGGUCGUCGAUUAUCACGACCAGAACGGUGUUCAGAAAGUAUAUAUGAUUUAAUGUAUCGUUGUUGGAAUGCAAAUAUUGCUAAGCGACCACGUUUUGUCGAUAUCAUCGAUGAGUUAAAUGGAACGAAUAUAAGAAGAGACUGUAUAAUACCAUUUACUCAUGAAGAAAGAAAAGCAUGGACAAUGGCAAAAAACGAGUAUCUUAAUAUUUAUAAGUCAAUGCAAAACACAUCAACUGUUGAAGAUCCUUACAUAACAUUGGAUAAUAAUGAAAAUGAAGAUAUAAUACUUUUGUGA